AUGACUUCCUCACUAGGGGUGCUUAAACGGUUCUCCCGUUCUCGGUUAACCGAAAUUGGAAUUGACCGAGUGAUGGAAGAUGAUGGAAACAAGACAUCCCUGACAAAAUCAAAAAGAAAAGACCUUGGCCUCUCCUGCAUGCUAAACGCCGAGGUCGGAGCUGUCCUCGCAGUGAUCCGCCGGCCACCCGACCCGAACUACCACCAGCCUGACGAGGGCUGCGACACUUCGAUAUCGCAAUCUCUGAAAUCCCUCCGAGCCAUGCUCUUCAAGCCACAGCAGGAAUGGCGAACAAUCGACCCAUCGGUGUACAUGUCCCCGUUCUUGGACGUGAUACAGAGCGACGACAUCCCUGCUUCUGCCACCGCGGCUGCCCUCCAGUCCGUCCUCAAGAUCCUCCGCCUAGGCAUAUUCGACGAGAAGACUCAGGGCGGAAAGGAAUCCAUAAAUGCGGCUGUCAACGCCGUCACCAGCUGCCGCCUCGAGAAAACUAAUCCCGUCACGGAAGACGCCGUCAUGAUGCGGAUCCUGCAGGCCCUCACAGCCGUCAUGAGGCACCGCGCCUCCAUCCUGCUAACCGAUCACUCGACAUGCACCCUCGUCAACACAUGCUUUCAGGUAGUUCAGCAGACGGCCAACCGUGUGGAUCUGCUCCAGCGGUGCGCUCGGUACACGAUGCAUGAGCUAAUCCAGAUCAUAUUCUCCCGAAUGCCUGAUAUCGAGGUGAAGGACUGGGAGAAUUCUGAGUCAGACACGGAGGACAACGACCUCGACUCCGGCUAUGGCAUCAGCUCCGCAGUGGACAUCUUCCACUUCCUCUGCUCUCUCCUCAACGUCGUCGACGUGGACACAGACAUGGUCUCGUACCAAACCAGCGACGAGAACACUCAGGUCUUCGCCCUCUACCUCAUCAACUCAGCCAUCGAACUCAGCGGGGACAGCAUCGGCAAGCAUCCCAAGCUCCUCAGAAUGAUCCAAGACGACCUCUUCCAUCAUCUCAUCCACUACGGCCUCUCCUCCACCCCUCUCGUACUCUCCAUGAUCUCGAGCACCGUUCUCAACCUCUACCACUUCCUCCGCAGCUCUGUGCGUCUCCAGCUCGAGGCCUUCUUCUCCUUCGUCCUUUUCAAGGUCGCCGCUCCAGGGAGCUCCCUCCAGCUCCAGGAGGUCGCUAUUGAGGCCAUCAUCAACUUCUGCAGGCAGCCCAACUUCUCCAUGGAGGCCUAUGUCAACUACGACUCUGACACCAGCUUUAGGAACGUCUUCGAGGAAACAGGAAAGCUUCUCUGCAAGUAUGCCUUCCCAACAGGUACCUACCUGACAAGCACUCAGAUUCAGUCUUUCGAAGGGUUGUCCGUUAUUCUUCACUACAUUGCUGAUAACAUCGAUAGAGAAGACGACACCAGCCCCUCUGGACCAUAUCCGGUCGAGAUAACAGAAUUCAGGCCUUUCUGGGAGGACAAAGUGAGAGGGGAUGACGUCGAGGCCUGGAUCGAAUUUCUGAGGUUCAGGAAGGUGCAAAAGAGGAAGAUACUAAUCGCAGGGAGUCAUUUCAACAGAGAUGAGAAGAAGGGAUUGGAUUACCUCAAGAAAGCCGGGCUCACUUCCGAUCCGCCUGACCCCAAAGCCUUCGCCUAUUUCUUCCGAUACACACCAAAACUGAACAAGACCAUGAUCGGCGACUAUCUCGGUGAUCCUGAUGCAUUGAAUGUCCAAGUCCUGAAAGAAUUCACACACACAUUUGAGUUCAGUGGAAUGCAUCUCGACAGCUCUCUUCGGACUUACCUCGAGAGCUUCAGAUUGCCGGGGGAGUCUCAGAAGAUCCAGAGAGUCGUGGAGGCCUUCUCUGAGCGGUUUUACGAGCAGCAGUCGUCGGAUCUGUUCGCAAGCAAAGAUGCUGUUAUGAUCUUCUGCUACUCGAUCAUCAUGCUCAACACGGAUCAGCAUAACCCGCAGGUAAAGAAGAAAAUGUCAGAGGAGGAAUUCAUAAAGAACAAUAGAUCAAUCAAUGGAGGAAACGAUCUCCCUCGAGAAUACCUCUCCGAGCUUUUCCAGUCAAUUGCAACUAACGCAAUCAAGAUGGAUGAUACCAACAUUGUUGUGGAAAUGAACCCCAACAGAUGGAUCCAGCUCAUAAACCGGUCCAAGAUCGUCCAACCAUUUAUAAUGUGCGAUUUUGAUCGGAGAUUGGGGCGGGACAUGUUCGCCUCCAUUGCCGGCCCAUCUGUUGCAACAGUUGCAGCAGUGUUCGAACAUUCUGAUGAAGAGGAAAUGCUCCAUGAUUGCAUCGAGUCGUUGUUCUCGAUUGCAAGAAUAUCUCAGUAUGGAUUGGAAGACACUUUGGAUGAGCUUAUUUGCUCUUUCAGCAAAUUCACCACAUUGUUGAACCCUUACGCCUCCGCGGAAGAGACCCUUUACGCCUUCAGUCACGACAUGAAGCCCAAGAUGGCCAUUCUGGCGGUUUUCACCAUCGUGAACGUGUUCAAGGACUCCAUCAGAGGCGGGUGGAGAACCAUCAUCGAGUGCUUGUUGAAGCUCAAGAGGCUGAAGCUGCUCCCACAGUCGAUCAUGGAGCCUGAAAUGGCUCCCAAAUCACCGGCUACCAAACCAGACUCCGCUAUCGUUAUUCCUAGCAACGACCCCAAGUACUCUAAGAAACGACAGGCCUCCGGCAUAACUGCGAAGUUCCUAACCUUCAUGUCGAUGGAGAAUGUGGAAGAAUCUCUAAAUCAAGGGAUGAAUGAAUUCGAGCAAAACAUUAGCAUCAUUCAGCAAUGUCAGAUCGGAAGCAUCUUCAGCACUAGUUCAAAUUUGCCUGAAGAGUCUCUAUUGAAUCUAGGGCGCUGCAUCAUAUUCGCUGCAGCCGGAAAAGGGCAGAAGUUCAGCACCCCGGUGGAGGAGGAGGAGACGGUUUCAUUUUGCUGGGAACUUAUCAGCUCCAUGGCUCUGGCCAACCGGCAUAGAGUGUCGACGUUCUGGCCAUACUACCACGAUUACUUGCUGGAAGUCACACAGUUUCCUCUGUUUUCACCAAUUCCUUUCUCUGAGAAGGCGAUAGUAUCCCUGAUGAAGAUGUGCCUGAAGCUCCUGGCGUCGGAUAAUUUCGCGGAUGGAGCAGAGGAGCUGAUUUUCAAGUCGUUCAACUUGAUGUGGAGGGUGGAAAAGGAGAUCUUGGAAACCUGUUGUGAGUUCUUGCUGCAAGCUGCAAGCAAGAUCAUUACUGAUUAUCCCAACAAAAUGCAGACACAGCUUGGGUGGAUGUCGGUUCUGCAUUUGUUGUCUGUGACGGGCCGACACCCUGAAACGUACGAUCAGGGUGUGGAGACCCUCAUCCACCUGAUGACGGAUCAGAAUCACAUAACACGCACCAACUACACCUACUGCAUUGAUUGCGCCUUCGCCUUCGUGGCGCUCAGGAACAGCCAAGUAGACAAGAACAUCAAGAUCAUGGAUAUGCUGGCGGAAUCCGCCAGUUUGUUAGUUGAGUGGUACAAAGGCGGAUACUCGGAUCCGGGAAGCGGCACGGGUGUGGGAAACAAUGGAAAUAGCCUCUCGGUCGAGGAGAGCUCGAGGAUCUACAACCCCAUCAGCUUCUUCCAGAGGCUCGGGGAGUCUCUCAAGAAGACCAGCCUGGCUAGGCGCGAGGAGGUAAGGAACCACGCGGUUCUAUCACUUCAGAGAAGCUUCUUGCUUGCUGAGGACCUCUUGUUCACUCCCACAAGCUGCAUCAACUCCUUCUACAACAUCAUUUUCGCCAUGGUCGACGACUUACACGAGAAGAUGCUGCAGUACUCCAGACGGGACAAUGCCGAGAGGGAAACAAGAAGCAUGGAAGGCACACUGAAGCUCUCGAUGGAGGUGCUGACGCAUCUCUACUUGCAUUUCUUGAAGCCGAUAUCUGAGAGCAAUAAUUUUAGGACGUUUUGGCUUGGAAUCCUUCGGAGAAUGGAUACGUGCAUGAAGGCCGACUUAGGAGAGUACGGGGAAUCAAAGCUGCCGAAUAUAAUUCCUGAGUUGUUGAAGAAUAUGGUGAUGACUAUGAAAGAACAAGAUGUUUUGAAGAUCUCAGAAGAAGAUGAUUUGUGGGAUAUAACAUUUGUUCAGAUACAAUGGAUAGCUCCAUCUCUCACGGAUGAACUGUUUCCUGAGGGAGUAUAG